UGGUGCGCAGGCGCAGGCGCAGUCUGCGCGGGGACUGGCGGGACAGCGCGGCGACGACUGACAUGUCGGGGGUCCGGAGGCUGUCGCGGCUGCUGAGCGCCCGGCGCCUGGCGCUGGCCAAGGCAUGGCCAGUGGUGUCACCAGCAGGGACCCGAGGCUUUCACUUCGCUGUUGAUGGGAACAAGAGGGCAUCUGCUAAAGUCUCAGAAUCCAUUUCUGCUCAGUAUCCAGUAGUGGAUCAUGAAUUUGAUGCAGUGGUGGUGGGCGCUGGAGGGGCAGGCUUGCGAGCUGCGUUUGGCCUUUCUGAGGCAGGGUUUAAUACGGCAUGUGUUACCAAGCUGUUUCCUACCAGGUCACACACUGUUGCAGCCCAGGGAGGAAUCAAUGCUGCUCUGGGGAACAUGGAGGAGGACAACUGGAGGUGGCAUUUCUACGACACCGUGAAAGGCUCCGACUGGCUGGGGGACCAGGAUGCCAUCCACUACAUGACAGAGCAGGCCCCUGCCGCCGUGGUCGAGCUAGAAAAUUAUGGCAUGCCGUUUAGCAGAACCCAAGAUGGGAAGAUUUAUCAGCGUGCGUUUGGUGGACAGAGCCUCAAGUUUGGAAAGGGCGGGCAGGCCCAUCGGUGCUGCUGUGUGGCUGAUCGGACAGGCCACUCGCUAUUGCACACCUUGUAUGGAAGGUCUCUGCGAUACGAUACCAGCUACUUUGUGGAGUAUUUUGCCUUGGAUCUCCUGAUGGAGAAUGAAGAGUGCCGUGGUGUGAUUGCACUGUGCAUAGAAGAUGGGUCCAUCCAUCGCAUAAGAGCAAAGAACACUGUUGUUGCCACAGGAGGCUACGGGCGCACCUACUUCAGCUGCACGUCCGCCCACACCAGCACCGGUGAUGGCACGGCCAUGGUCACCAGGGCAGGCCUUCCUUGCCAAGACCUGGAGUUCGUCCAGUUCCACCCCACAGGCAUAUAUGGUGCUGGUUGUCUCAUCACGGAAGGAUGUCGUGGAGAGGGAGGCAUUCUCAUUAACAGUCAGGGCGAAAGGUUUAUGGAGCGAUACGCCCCCGUCGCAAAGGACCUGGCGUCCAGAGACGUGGUGUCUCGGUCCAUGACUCUGGAGAUCCGCGAAGGAAGAGGCUGUGGCCCUGAGAAAGAUCACGUCUACCUGCAGCUGCACCACCUGCCUCCAGAGCAGCUGGCCACGCGCCUGCCUGGCAUUUCAGAGACAGCCAUGAUCUUUGCCGGCGUGGACGUCACGAAGGAGCCGAUCCCUGUCCUCCCCACCGUGCACUAUAACAUGGGCGGCAUUCCCACCAACUACAAGGGGCAGGUCCUGAGGCACGUGAAUGGCCAGGAUCAGAUCGUGCCCGGCCUGUAUGCCUGUGGGGAGGCCGCCUGCGCCUCAGUCCAUGGUGCCAACCGUCUUGGGGCAAACUCACUCUUGGACCUGGUUGUCUUUGGCCGGGCCUGUGCCCUGAGCAUCGAAGAGUCAUGCAGGCCUGGAGAUAAAGUCCCUCCAAUUAAACCAAAUGCUGGGGAAGAGUCUGUCAUGAACCUUGACAAGCUGAGAUUUGCUGAUGGAAGCAUAAGAACGUCGGAACUGCGACUCAGCAUGCAGAAGUCCAUGCAGAAUCAUGCUGCCGUGUUCCGUGUGGGAAGCGUGCUGCAAGAAGGCUGUGAGAAAAUCAGCAAACUCUAUGGAGACCUGAAGCACCUGAAGACGUUCGACAGGGGAAUGGUCUGGAACACGGACCUGGUGGAGACCCUGGAGCUGCAGAACCUGAUGCUGUGUGCGCUGCAGACCAUCUACGGAGCGGAGGCACGGAAGGAGUCGCGGGGUGCGCACGCCAGAGAAGACUACAAGGUGCGGAUUGAUGAGUAUGAUUACUCCAAGCCCAUCCAGGGGCAACAGAAGAAGCCCUUUGAGGAGCACUGGAGGAAGCACACCCUGUCCUAUGUGGACGUGGGCACUGGGAAGGUCACUCUGGAAUAUAGACCUGUAAUCGACAAAACUUUGAACGAGGCUGACUGCACCACCGUCCCCCCAGCCAUUCGCUCCUACUGAUGAGACAAGACGCGUUGAUGACAGAAGCAGCUUUUUGCACAGCUGAGAACCCCACACCACAGAAGACAGGAAAGUUGUGCUGCGCCCAUGUGAUGGGCACUCCUCAGCCCUGGGAAGGAAUGCACCGUUGGCACACACAGCAGCUUGGAUCGAUCUGAAAGUCACUACACUGAGUUAGAGAAGGCAAUUGAAGAGCAUGGGCUGUGUGACUCCACAUACAGAGAGUGUCGAGAUGCUUCUUGCCUGCAUAUGGAAAGCAGAUCAUGGUUCCCUGCAGACUGGCAGGAGCAGAUUCCAAAGGCACAGGAAGAAGCUUGUGGGUAGAAUGUGUUCAGUCCCUUCUGCACAUGACACCACAAAAAGAGCUGGUAAUAAACAUGCUAACCAAAGAAAAAAGGCGAAACUAGGAUAAAAUGCCUCAGCUGUGUGACUGGUAAACAGGCAGGUUUGCUGUCAUGCUUCAUUUAUGAAGCUGUAGGGUACAAGGAUUCGCAUCACUGUGGAGUGCAGAAUGCUGCAGCCUCGUGGAAGAGGAUUUGCAGCAUCUAAAAACUGCAUGGCAUUUACCCUUUGACUUAGCAAUUCUAGGAAUCUGUCUCUAAAACACUCUGGCAGAGAAAUGAAAGUUCUCUUCACAGCCUGAGUAGUGUUUGUAAAACAGUUCUUCACCGUGGCAUUUGUAAUACUGGAAACAAUACAAACGUCCAUCAGUCGGGGAUUAGGAACAGUAAUUCCCACAGUGAGUAACUCAGUACAGGAAGAAGGAAUGAGGAACGCCUACUGAUGAGGGGCAGAGUACAUGUGAUGCAAUGCAAAUAGAUACUUGCUUUUUCUUAAAACAGCAGAAAGAUUAACGUGGUUGCUGUAGGGGAUAGGGGUCAGUGGUGGAAAAAAAAAAAACAAAUAGAUUCUGAAGUAAUACUUUGGACUUUGAAAUUGUAAAUGUUUUACUUAUCACCAAACUAAGUUUUUAAGAUAGUCCCUAAAAUUGAAAAAAUAGAAUCUGAAAUGAAUGAA